AAUUGCACGCAGUUUUAUAAAGAAUCUCUAGCAAGUAACAUUGUUGUGAAUCUAUUACGAGAAAUUCUUACAAAAUGUCGCAAUUAUUGUUAUAUAUUUUAAUUUUGUUUAUAAGCUUAAUUUUGGCUCUCUAUAUAUAUUUAACAUGGCAUUUUAAUCAUUGGAUUAAACGUAAAAUACCGGGACCUAAACCUUUCCCCUUGUUUGGUACAUUUCCGGGAAUGGUUAAUGCUAAAAGAAAUUUUAUUUACGAUUUAGAUGAAGUCUAUAGACAAUUUAAGAAUAAGGCCAAAUUUGUGGGAGUAUUUGUUACCCGAAAUCCCCAGAUAAUGAUAUUGGAUCCCGAAAUAUGUAAAGAUAUUUUGAUUACAAAUUUCAAAAGUUUUCAAGAUAAUGAAUCAUCUCAAUGGAUGAAUCGCAAAAAAGAACCCAUUUCGGGCAGUAAUCCCUUUGCUUUACCAGCAGCUGAUUGGAAAAUAAAACGAGCCGAAAUUGUGCCAGCUAUGACAAUGUCUCGAAUUAAAGGCAUGUUUUCAAUAGUUGAGGCUAUAUGCAAGAAAUUGAACAGAUAUCUAAAACAUAUAGUAGAAACUGGACAAACAACUAUUGAUGCCAAAGAUAUCGCUUUACACUUUACCGGCGAGGUAGUUGCUGAUGUUGGUUGGGGCAUAGAGGCUGGUAAUUUUGUUAUAGAUAACGAUAAUCAUGCCAAGGAGGACACCCUCUUUUUAAACAUGUCCAAGCAAUUAAUAGCACAAACAUUCAAUGCUUUUAAGUACUUUUUCAUAGCCGGUAUAUUUCCCAUAGUGCGUUAUUUAGUCUAUGUACGAUUUUUCCCCGAAAUUACCGAUCGUUUCUUUUUGCAAUUAACCAAUUCCGCUUUACAAAUAAGAAAAUCAAAUUCCAAUAGUAAUAGACAGGAUUUCCUGCAGCACAUGAUGGAGUUGCAACAAAAGAAGGGCAUAAGUGAAACAGAAAUAGUGGCUCAUCAGUUGACACUAUUAUUUGAUGGUUUCGAAACCUCGGCUACUUUAAUCAGUCAUUGUUUAUUAAUGUUGGCACGUUAUCCGGAAAAACAAGAAAAACUACGUUUGGAAAUACAGCAACAUUUUGAGGCUCAUGCAAAUACUUUCGAUUUUGAUGAGUUAGUCAAACUACCCUAUUUGGAACAAUGUUUAGCAGAAACUUUGCGCAUAUUUACUCCUUUACCUUAUAUGGCAAAAGUCUGUACCCAACCUUGUGAGCUGCUAAACAAUGAUGGCGUUUCCCUGCAAUUACAACCUGGAGAUGUUUGUCUCAUACCCUUGUACUCGUUGCAUCAUGAUGAAGAGUAUUAUACACAGCCGGAAGUAUUUUUGCCAGAACGUUUUGAUGAGGAGAAUGGUGGCAUCAAAAAGUACAAAGAUAUGGGUGUCUAUUUACCAUUUGGUGAUGGUCCAAGAAUAUGUAUAGGUAUGAAAUUUGGCUUGUCUCAGGCAAAAGCCGCAGUUGCCGAGGUAAUUAAACAUUUUGAAUUAACGGUUAAUGAAAGAACACGCAAGGAUAAUUAUCAGGCUGCAGAUGGUUUUAUCAUUGGUUUAGAUGGUGGCAUAUUCCUUGAUAUAAAGGCUUUGUAAGGAUUGUAUGUAUAUUUAUAAUUAGAAUACCAGUUGUAAUGGUAGUUAUUUUUAGUAUUAAGAUUAUUUAAGCCAGUCAGAAAAAAAGCUAUAAAAAUUUUUAUUUUUUAAAAUUUAAAAUAAUAUAAUAAAAUAAAUAACACU